UCUCUCUCAAGCCAUCGCCCCAACGUUAUUAUCCCCUUCACUCCUCCCCCCAACCUCCACACUCCAUUCGUUGCCACGCCCAGAAGCCAAGCAACAAGCUCCACCCCCACCCCUAAAGCUUUCCCAUCUCCUCUCCCGCUUUCCUUCGAUCCGAACGCGCCCCAGAAGCAGACAGACGGCCAAAGGAAGACGAGCGAAACCAGGAAAUGUGGACGCAUCCCUACAGGAAGAGCGACGUGGAGGAGGGGCCGGGGGUGAGGCCUCUGUACCCGGCGAUGUUGGAGAGCCCGCAGCUCCGGUGGGCCUUUAUCCGUAAGGUUUACUCCAUCCUGACCUUCCAGUUGCUCGCCACGGUCGCCGUCGCUGCUGUCGUCGUUUCCGUCCACCCCAUCGCCCACUUCUUCGCCGCCACCCCGGCCGGCCUGGCCCUUUACAUCGUCGUCAUCAUCCUGCCGUUCAUCGUGCUCUGUCCAUUGUACUACUACCACCAGCGGCAUCCCGUGAACUACCUUCUGCUUGGGAUAUUCACCAUCUCGCUCGCGUUCGCAGUUGGAUUGACUUGCGCAUUCACGAGCGGGAAGAUCAUCCUUGAAUCUGUUAUAUUGACGGCCGUGGUGGUUGUCAGCCUCAACCUUUACACUUUCUGGGCUGCGAGGAGAGGCCACGACUUCAGCUUCCUGGAGCCCUUCUUGUUCGGUGCUCUCCUCGUGCUUAUGGUCUUUGCUUUUAUACAGCUACUGUUCCCUCUCGGUAGGAUCACGCUCAUGGUUUAUGGAUGUUUGGCGUCGAUCAUAUUCUGUGGGUACAUCAUAUACGACACGGACAACCUUAUCAAGCGCUACUCCUACGACGAAUACAUAUGGGCCUCUGUGUCACUGUAUUUGGAUAUAAUCAACCUCUUCCUGUCCGUGCUCACGAUCUUCCGAGCUGUGGAGAGCUGAUGGGUCUUCUGCUUACUGCUAUGGUUCCUCUCUUUUUAAAGCAGAAAACACCUAAUGUACAGCAGCCGAUAUUGUUUGCCAGAAAACGAUCCCUAGCGACUAUGUCAACCAAUUGAUCGGUUUGAUGAUAAUCUACACGUUUCUUCUGUUGUUGUACUUUUGUUUCUUUAGUGACUAAUCUGUAUUUGUAGAAGAUCAUCUGUGAUCUUUUGCGAGUGCUACAUGAAAUAUCCUUUUAAG